GUUCAAAUAUUUUGAGUUAUGGUCGAAUUGCUUCUCUGUUGAGAGAAGGGUAUUCCAACCAUGGAGAUUCGGAUCUUUUAUUAUGUGGCAUUCAGUCAUUGGAGAAUGAGUUGAAAUAUGCAGAAAUUGAACUUAUUCUUCCGUGGGAUUCACCAACUGUCCUUCAGAUCCAUUCUACAACUGACCUCCUUUCUCAAUUAUCAUCAUCCACAAUCACAUGUUAUACUGAGUACAUAAAGGAAGACGAUAGAAGUAGCAAAAAUUUUUAUCAUGGGCUCAAGAUGAGUGGAUCAUUCAAAUGCAAUACUGAUGAAAGCAUGUUUACCAUAGUGAUGACAAGUUCACAUGAUAAAAUUCCCCCGCGAUUUGCUCGUCAAUAUCCUGGAAAAGUUGAUCACAACAGACUCUUGUCUAGCAAAAUAAAAAGUGAACAUACUAUUGAACAUAGUUGUGUACGAUUUGCCAAUAAACCAGUUAAAGUGAGUGGAUGGACGGGACAUGUAUGUGAAACUAACAUUACACAAAGAUAUAUGUACAAUGAAGAUGGCAUAUUUGGAUGCUCCCAAUGUUGUACAGAGCAUCAUUGGUCAGGUCUAGAUGAUCAAUGUAUGCCUUGUGGUCCACACAGCACUCAACCUGAACCAAAUGUGUGGAAAGAUUGCUAUCCAAGAUCAGAUCAUGUUAUAUCAUCGAAUGAUGAUAAGGGAAUGAUUCCCUACACGACGCAGGCAAAGACUACGACUGAAACAACACCUGGUAUAGUUACCACAACACAAAGAAAACCAGACAACUUCUUGACUACUGAUCUGAAACGUAUAGUAAUAAAAGUACCUGUCAAAGCUCCAAAGCAUAUUGUUGUAAGAAAUGUGACAGCAACCUUUGCGUGGGUUUCAUGGCGAAAGAUAAGGUCAACUGAAGAGGUUCCCAUUGAAAAAUAUAAGGUAAAGGUACAAAAUAUCAAAAGCAAAAAAAUACACUAUUACAAAGUCAUUGAUGCAGACAUUAAAUUGAGGAAUCUGAAACCUGAUUCCCAAUAUAAAAUUGAAAUAGCAGCUGAAAACUUCAAAGGUGUUGGUCCAUGGAGUAAAGUACAAAAAUACUCAACACUGCAGUUACCUCCUCAUAUGAAUGUCAAAUCAAUCUCAAACGUGGGUUCUCGGGUAAAAGUUGUGUGGAAACCAAAAGCUGAUGAUGACAGAUUUUCGGUUGUGGUGGAGUAUUGGCCAGAUGCACAGGGAAAUAAGCUAACGAAGGUGACAGAUUUCAUCAAGACCGUUAAUGAUAAAGAGGCUACUAUAUUCUUUAACCUGACAACCGAGGGCCAAUAUUAUGUUAGAGCAUAUUAUUAUGAUGAAAAUGCUGGAAGUGGUCCGCCUUCACGACGAUUCAUCAAAUAUGAAAGAAAUGGUCGUGAGAAUGUGCCCUCAAAAUUAGCGGAACCACAUGCAAUAUGGAUUCCCAUUGUUGUCGCGAUUUUUAUCCUUUUCACUGCUGGUACAAUUCUUUAUGUGUGUAAAGAUGACUGAUGUAUCAAAAAAGUAUGCAUUUGAGGGUUACGAAUUUUGUUUUUGUGUAUUGCGGGCGUGGCUUCCAAAUAACCACUUCUUUUCUUUCUUCUCGCGCCGUUUUCGAUCAGUUUACCUAGUCCUAGAGGUUUUGUGUGUAUAUUUUAGUUUCGCUACAAUUCUUGAUAUAUGCAAGCUUGUCAGAUUUUAUUUUGCAUUUUUUCAUGUUGACUUCUUGAAUACAAGUUUUUAUUCGCGAUAUUUCAUGUGUAUAUUUUGUCUAUCGGUCAAAUGCUAGAUUGAACGUCAAAGCAUUGAAAGCAUAUGUAAUAAAAGAGGACAUUGGUGAAUUGUGAACAACGUUUCAAAAAGAUUCAUUUGUAUUCAGGCGUAUAUUUAAAUUUUGAACUGACUAAAUUUAUCUUAUUAUCUACGAAAUAAACGGCAAAAUACGUACUGAAUUAAAACAAUUUGAUACAGCUGUAUUGUCGUUCAAUCAUCCUGACAUUCUAAUAAUUGGCUGUAGAUGACACUUGAUGAUCUAUUCACGUGACAAUAGAAUUCGAAACAUACUUAGUAAGCUGGUGAUCAGAUAAAAACAUCUUCUUAACAUUAUUCUCAACAGUAUGUGAAAGAAACAGAAAAACAUGUUGCCAACAAGCUUGAAGAUAGAGAAAGACCUAGCUCAAUUUAUUCACAUUCUGUUCUCCCACUGAUGUCUCGUUACAGCCUUUGUUCAAUGAUGGUAUUCUAAAACUGUGAAAUAUUUCCUAGUAUUUCAACUGUCCUGUAAUCCCAUGCGCUGUGUGAUCAAGCUGUCACAGGUUAUACAUACAGUAUAGUUUCUACACAAGUAAAUCUGCUCUAGUUUGACCUGAUUCUGUUUUGUUGGUGGGGCUCUAUAAUCGUGGACCAACGGAAUGAUGUUUUAGAUGCAAAUUUUCUAUAUUUGAAGCAGCUCCUGUACAACCUUACUCAGUCUAGCUGAGAAACUGCUAGAAUUGAAGCCAUAAAAAAAGUAAUUUUGAUACAAACAAGACUUUAUAAAUGAUAUAUAUAUAUACUGCUCCAAACAUUUUUUUCGUGAGAACCAUGCAGAAGAUAAAGAAAAUAUUAUAAAACUUGAAGCACUGGUAUCCAAAUCGGUAGCUGCAAUAACCAAUUCAAUCAUUUAUUAAAGAAGAAUUGAAAAUGGGGUUGGAGCCCAUAAAUAUUCUGAACAGUAUGGAGGAUACAUUUGAAUUACCAUUUCAGGAAAAUGAAAAUACAAACCAAAGAGUUGCAAAAAAGAUCAAUUUUAAACUCAACAGUGAAGACAUCUCUACCUCUCAACCACUUGUCGUUGGCGAAAAAUAUCUUGUAAUUGUUCGCUUCUGUAGGCGAGACAAAUAAUAGGUUGGGAACUGGUAGAUAUAAAAAUGCGCACUAUCUUUUCUAUCUAUCGUAUUGUGGGACAGAGGAAUUCCUGGUCUAUUGAUCAGUUUAGUUUUCUGGUAGGCUAGCUCGCUGGCUGUUAUUUUGAUAUAUAUAUAUAUAUAUUAAUGUUCGCCGUUUCCUUCAUAUAUAUUGUGCAAUUUCGUUACACGGAGCAGUCGUCUUGUUGCCAGUCAGGAAAUAACAGGAACUACUCAUUUAAUAAGGUGUAUAAGUCCACAAUCUCUCCACUCAUAAGUUGAGUCUUAUGCUUUUUUUAUGAAUAAUCGAAUAAAAUUAUAUAUAUACACAAACGAUCAUCGUCAAUUUGUCUUUUAUGAUGAGAUUAGCAGAUCGUGGGGAGAAACGGGUCUGUAAGACUUAAAAGCAACUUAGGGUAUGUAGGGAUUAUUAUUAGUUAAUUAGACCAUAUUUUUAACAGUAAGAAAAAAAGUAAUUCCAGUUAGGACAAGAUUUCUUCUGAAUUUGACAAAGGUAGAAAAAAUGAAAUUUACGUUAAAUACUUAAUUGGCUUUCAUAGGAAUAACCCGUUAGUUAAAAACACGUUAUCUUGCCCUUGAGCAAGACAAACUAGUACAAGCCAGCUUUUAAUCACUCGACCACUUAUAGCUAACCAUUUAAUUGGCUACAGACAUCCUUCUAAAUCGUUUUACAAGAAUUGCCGAGACUUAAUUACGGCAUUCUUACUUUAUUUAUUAUAAACGAUAUCCACGUAAAAGCUAAACCCUAAAGGCAUAACAGGCGUCUCGACUAUUGUAUAUAAACUGACAAUAAUUCUUUAAAUUAAUGGAAUGGACUGGACUGAACUUGUUAUAAUAUUCUUCUCGUGUCGUCUAAAUACAACAAAUAUAAGGUUG